ACACUCAAAAGAAAGUGAAAUCUUGUUCCAAGUUUACAUUUAGUGUCAUCAUACCUCAUACAGCAAAUAUCAUACUUUGCAAAAUUUACGGGAAGCCGUGACGGUGACGUAAUUCACCGCGUUCUCGCACUGGCUUUAGGAUAUUUUUUGUUUGUUUGCACUUCUCGCAGAAACUUGACGGCCUUUACACUUCCUUGCUGUUUUAAAAGUGUUUUUCAGUUGCAUGUACAGUUUUCAUUACGAAAAAAGAUGUAAAAGAAGCAUGUUGAUGUGGUUUACGAAUUUCUGUGACUGAUUCGGGGUGCUCGAAUGUUCAUGAAGACAACCAGUCUGCGGCAUGUGCAUCAACCGGAACCGGAAAACAUCGAAAAAAAUGCCUCAGAUGGGUAUAGAGCUGGUAUAGAUGUUGGCCAGGAAGAAUGUCUGCAGGAAGGAUUCAAUACAAGUUUUACCCAGUCUUCAAAACUUCUUUUUGCUGUCUCGGAAUUAAGAGGAAUAGUUAGCGGGAAACUGUCUUACCAGUUGAUGAAGCCAGGGGUACUGUCACCUGAUCAAGAACAGCUCCUGCAAACUUUGCUUGGUGAUAUUGUAGAAUACGAGACACAUUUACUCAAGUUUUCAAAUGAACUCUACUCUCAUUUAAAACAGAAAGAGGACUCGUCAUGCAACAGUGGUGCAGAAAUUAACCCUGGCAUUAACAACAGAUUAACAACCAUAGUUGAUGAUGAUGAAACUGAAUAUAAUAUUGACAUUAAAGACCGCUCAAAUACUGAAAGCAGAGCUGGUAAUGCAAAUUCAAGAACAGUCGGUGAAAAUAAUUUAGUUAGUGAAUUGACUGACAGUGAGAGCCAGGAUGCUUCUUCUUUAGUUAAAAUUAAUAAGUUUAAAAGUCGGUUAAAAACAAUUUUGACACAGGAAAGUUGAACUAGUCUCAAGUAAGGAUGUUGUCUGGUUCAGUUUCAGUUAUGUAUCGGCAUUCUGGCGUUCUGCUGGUCAGAUAUUGAAAUAAUCAGUAAACAUACCUGUCAAGACACACGCAUUGCACGUGUGUCACACACAUUUUGGUCCUAGAUCACGCUCACACGCCUACUUUUCAAGGUUACACGCAUUUUAAAGCAAUAAAGCAAUCGAUUGUUUUUUUGUAGAAAAUUAUUGAAUCGAACAUGCGAGGCGACGUUGACACGGUGAUUUCAUUCCGUAUAUAUAAUACAGCUUUUACAUUCACCGGUGCAACAUGUUAUUUCUACCACAUGAAUAAAUGUCACAAAAAGUAAACAUGGAGGGAGACUAUUCAAAACCAUAUCUAUUUUGUGUUAAAAAUAUAAAUUUUCCAUGUGAGGGCGUGUCUGGCUUUUAGGGAUCAAGAUUCGCCCUCCAGACCCCCACGAGGGACAACCUUUCCUUCGAACCCCGACCACACUCCUGGCCUUAGUGGAGCCUUGACAACUAUGCAGUAAAUGUGAUAUUACUUUUGUUGCCUUGAUUUCAAAGAAUGGUUAUGAUGAUCUUGAUUUCUGAACAAGGGCAAGUGCUUUAUUCUACAGGUCUGAUGUUGGUAACUUUAAAAAUAUAUUAAGUUAAGUUUUCACAUUGUUUUUGUUAACUUGAAUCUGAUUGUGUUACACAAGUUUACAUCUAAUUUAGUUAAUAUUCAAAUUUAUGUGGUAGGAUGACACCACAUCUAGAUUCUGACAAAUUACAUCUAGUCAUUGUGUCACUACUCCUUUACUGAGAGUCUUCGUAUUAAAUUAUGAAAUGUUAAACAGAUAUGAGCUUUUUCUAUAGAAUGGUUAUCUUCACAAACAAGAGCUGUAGGAGGUAACCGUGUACAUGUUCUAUGUAUUUUUUAGUUACAUGUACCAUAGAUGACCCCGAUAACAAUAGAGCUAGGUCAUCAGCUGACUAUAAGACUAUCCUUCUUUGAAUGUUGGUGACUGAAAGCCUAAGCAUUAUACUGCUAUUACAAGGAAAGUGUUUUUUUUUGUUUUUUGUUAGCUCGACUGUUCAGAGUAUAUCAGAGUAGAUAGGAGAGCUAUCCUACUCACCACGGAUUCAGUGUCGGCCUCACACCUUGGUUCAGUUUCUUCUACCAGUCCACAAUUUGACAAAACCUUUUGACAUAUAUAGCUUUGAAACAUACAACACUUGUAUGCCAUGUCCAGUUUUAGGCAAGAGUACAUAACUCUCAUCAAGGAUUUUGUCUGAAUUAUGGCCCCUUUCAACUUAAAAUUUUGGUAAAGUUUUUCUUACCAGCUCAUCUUGGGUAAACUGUUUUUCGUAUGGCUUUGAAACUUUAAUCACUUGUUUAUUAUAACAGUCUCUAUCUGUAGGCCAGAGUACAUAACUCUGUCAAGUAUUUUGGCUGAAUUAUGGCCCUUUUUAGCUCCACUAUUUGGAGAAUAAAGGGGCUAUUCUACUCGCCCCAGCGUCUGUGUGUUCUUCGGCAACCUUUGUUUUCUUUGUUACUAUUGCUUAUAUCUUACUGUAACUUCACAUACACAUUGUCUAGCAUACAAACAAUGUGCAGGGGCUGGACCCAUUAUACCCAAGGUCAAGGUCACCAAGGUGUUAUACUUGGAAUUAUAAAUUCAUUUUACUGUCAAAUUGCCGGAAAGUGGAGCACGCUGUCUUAUGGACAGCUCUUGUUGGACUUUGAAAUUGGUUCAGUUUUAGUAUAAUUCCACCUUUUGACAUACAGCUUUGAAACUUUCAACACUUGUGUACAAUCACAAUGUCCAGUUUUAGGCAAGAGUACAUAACGCCAUCAAGGAUUUUGUCUGAAUUAUGGCCCUUUUAACUAAAUAUUGUUAUGUUUUAAACCUGCCCGCUUAGCUCAAUAGGGAGAGCGCAGAUCUAAAAAUCGUGAGGUCGCGAGUUUGAUCCCCGGGCAGGCCUCCAUGAUGAUUUGAUAAAAGCCAUUGUGUCUGAAAUCAUUUGUCCUCCACCUCUGAUUCAUGUGGGGAAGUUGGCAGCUACUUGCGGAGAACAGGUUUGUAGUGGUACAGAAUCCAGGAACACAGGUUAGGUUAACUGCCCGCCGUUACAUAACUGAAAUAUUGUUGAAAAACAGUGUUAAACCCAAAACAAACAAAAUGGUUAUGUCCCGUGCAGAAAUAUUUUCCUGUUCUCAGGAAAUCCCAGGAGUAUCCUGGGAUAUCCUGGGAUUCUUUUAGCAAGGCUGCAAAAAAGUCCUGAAGACAGGACUUUUAACACUAAAAGACAGGACUUUUGAUAGAAAAAUUGUCCUGUUCACAGGAAAGACAGGACUUUUUUCUAAAAGACACAGAUUGAAAGAUGGUAAUUAAUUUGAAACAUGAUCUUGUAAUGGUGUAAUAAGUUAAUUACAUCCUGGUGUUGAAGGCCCAUGUUUUGGAAGAAACUGUAUCAUUAAGUACUUCUGAUUGUGUUGUUGUAAGUGUAACAGGAUUAUAUUCUAUAAAUUUGUGGUAAGUUAUUAUUUCUGUAUAAACUUUUAGAAAUAAUACUCUUCACUUAAUGAUUUUACAAAACAAGAAGUUAUUUAGAAAAGUAGUUGUCUUUAAAAUCAGUCAGAGCAUUAAAAAGUGAAAUGCGUUACUACAGUUUAGGUUAUCUGUACAUGCAUGUUUGAUCAAAGACAGUUUCACUCUAGUGAACAGAUCAUAGAAUGAUAAGAGCUUUUUGCUCAGUAUGAAGCUCAUUAUAAUUUGAUGAUUCUAGACUAAAUAGUAGUACUUUCACCUAGUUUUAUUUGCCAUGAGUGCACAUAUUUGAGCUGAUUUAAGAUGUGCCAAGAAAUUAAAAUUUCUGCUAUGA